AGAAAAAUAUCGAGAUUUUAGUUUACAUGACGACGGUCGUACUGUUCAUAUUCGUUUGCUUUAACAUUGAUGUGUGUCUUGAGAAACCUCUCUUCUCUUAAAAAUGUCGAAAAAAGGGAAAGAAUAUUUGUGUAAUAUUACUGCCACGCUGUCACUCAUACCUUGUAUUCACCUCAAUAAUCUCAACACAACUUCGAUUUCAGGUUGAGCGUGCGGUCACCUGUCAAUAUCAAAUAAGAUGUCUAGUAAACAUUAAUUAUCAGGCUUAAUCCUGACAUAUGUCUGGUUACUCAUCCACAGACUAUAUAAACUGUCCUGCAAUCUUCCUAAAACACAACCAGAGCUCAAGCAUUCUUGAUUCUACUCACGUUUCUGCACUUUAAGUGAUUAAUCAGAUCAGAAUGAAAAUCAUCAUCAUUUUCGGACUUUUGGCGACUGCUCUUAGCGAAACCAUGUUUCAGAGAGGCUUUUCCAACGAUGCACAGCUCGCAAAUUUUAAAGCUCUGGACCUUAAUGGCGAUGACAGUAUCCGUAUGAGUGAAGUGUUCACUGUGAUGAGGAGAGCUGAUACGAACGAUGAUGGACUGUUGAGCUUUGAAGAGUUUAGAAAUUUAGAUCCUCCAGAUGUUCCUCCUCUUCAAACUCAAAUCGCCUUUAACCUUAUGGACAAUCUCGACUCCAGCAUCGAUGGCCUGAUCGAUUCACCAAUCACUUGCAUAUAUUUCAGCCUCUUGGAUGUGGACAACAACAGGAAAGUAACUUUUCAAGAAUAUAAAAACCUCACUCAGCAGAUGCACAACCACCAAGAGCUGAAGGACAUCGGGGGAUGUUGACAAUCUGUUGCGAUGAUGUGCAAAAGAAGCUCCAAAUAAAUGGAAAUUUUGUCCAAAAAAAUAGCAAAUUUAUGUUUGUUUAUUUAUUUAUUGUGUCUUUUAGGGGUGUAAUGGAUUUUUGAAAAAAUAUCUGCAUUUUCAUUUCUGAUGCUAGUGUUUUUAUUUUACUUUUUUUAAUUUUCUGUCUUUUUAAUGUCUCUCUAGCAUUUCAUUCCUAACCUCUGAUGUUUUUAGAUUAUAAAAUUACGGUAGCUGAGCUAACAAUCAAAACUGUUUUUUAAAAAUAUUUUAAGCAGUUUACAGCAUUAAGAUUUUUAACAACCAAAAAAACCCCAAUAACGACACAAAUACAA